AUGGCUGCUCUGAUUGGGAGAGUUCAGACGGAUGGGAAUGGAGGACUUGGAUGGAUGGCAUUGCCAACUCCACUGGAGUAUCUAAGGAGCCUGGGCUCUCAUAUGAGAGUGAUCUUGCUGCGUGGACAAAAAUUUGGACUUGCCCAGGAGAAGCUCCAAGGUGGAAUGAUGAUGGGACUGCUCAGGAUGGGAUUUCACCGAAGUGUCUUCACACCCACUUUGGUCAUUGAGGAGAGAUUGGAUGCGUCGGAAGUCCACAUGUUUCAUUACCCCGAGACGACAAUGGGAUUCUUCCAGUGGAUCCCUUCUUGUUGUAAAAUUGACGACUCAUUGUACAAGAAGCCGCUGAUAGAUGAGUGCUUUUCACUUGAAUACAUCAAAGGGAGCUACAAGCAGGAUGUAUCGUCAGAUGGAGAGGCUUCUUCCUCAUUCAGUUGGAAGGAGACUCAUAAGGGGAAAAUUGUUGUGGGUGCCCAAGUGCGUGUAAAGGAUACAUUAGUUCCGAAGAGGAAUCAGGCAUGGAUCCGACAGUUGUUUGGAUCAAGAAGAAUGAUAAUAUCUUUUUCAGUUGGCAUCAAGUGCCUUUCGUUAACGGAUGAUCCGUUGGGCCUGAAAUUUUGGCGGUUGACUUUGAUGGCGUUCCUGAGACUUCUGAUGUUGCUGGUCGUCGGUGUUGCGGCUGCUGGGGCGGACUGCGGUCCCAAAGCUGCGGUUCCUGUGUCGGGACGUCUGCGGCAAGGAGGUGAGGGGCGCCGGCGGUUACGGGCGUCGUGUGACAUUUGUCGGGGCAACGCUGUUCCUGGACUGUGUCCGGCAAGCAGACCUGAAGGAGGUGAAGCUGUUGUCGCCAACGGUCUGCGUCAGGCGUUGGGCCGACAUGGAUCGUGUCGUGACGCCUUGGAGGUGGUGCGAGGAAGUCGUGCCCCCCAAACCGGAGAUCUCGACAGCAGCAGUUCCGCCGGUGAUGAGCCUCGCCUAGUGGCGCCAACGGCCAACCUGGCGGUCGUUCACGUGCCGGUGAGCAAGACGCCGUACGUGGUACGGACGCCACCCUCGACGCAGCAAAGCGUCGUGGUGGCCCAAGAGGUGCCACACGUCAUCAGGGCACCGUUGUCGACGCCGGAGGUGACGGUCAACAUCAAGCAUGGUGUUGCGCACGUUGAGGCGGACGUGGACCCGUGGACGGCAAUGGUCCUGGUCUUCAUGGGCCUUGGGGGAGCUGGAGCCACAUCUCUGGCUGUCUUUUUGGUCUGGCUGGUUAAGUUCAUCAGGAACAAG